UAGACAUGUUCACCUUUCUGUUUGCCCUCUGCUUCAUCUCAGCGGCUAAUUUCGCUGCCGGAGCACAGGCUCCCAUCAUUCCUCAACCGAUGCAAUUUGAUAUGGGUCAGACAACGCUCACACUGGCUUCAAACUUCGUUUUCAAUUCAUCCAGCAAAUCAUCGACUCUAGUCAAUGCGUUUGAAAGGUACAAGAGUUUGAUUUUCUCGCACACGAGCUCGCCGACCGGCACAAUGUUGGGUAGCUUGUCCGUGACUGUCGACUCUGCGGAUGAAAAUUUGGGUUUGGACACGGACGAGUCGUACAUGCUGAAGAUUGAAACAUCUCCUGCAUCAGCUGAACUGCAUGCAGCAAAUGUGUAUGGUGCACUUCAUGGGUUGGAGACGUUCAGUCAGUUGGUAAUGUAUAACUUUACUGCAGAUGCUUAUCAGAUCAGCAAUGCUCCGUGGAACAUUAACGAUAAACCCAGAUUUCCGUAUCGAGGCCUAAUGAUCGACACAUCUCGUCAUUUUGAACCGAUACGUGCUGUGAAGCAAGUUCUAGAUGCUAUGGCUUAUGCAAAAUUGAAUGUCCUUCAUUGGCAUGUCGUCGACUCGCAGUCAUUCCCGUUGCAAUCGGUGAAGUAUCCAAAGCUUUGGGACGGAGCGUAUACGGGGCAGGAACGUUUCACCAUCGACGAUGCUAAGGAUGUCGUUGAGUAUGCUAGACAGAGAGGCAUCUGGGUGUUGGUCGAGUUCGACAUGCCCGGUCAUGCUGCAUCGUGGUGUGUGGGAUAUCCCGAGAUCUGUCCGGCACCGGAUUGUACUCAGCCGCUCAAUCCAGCGACGAACGCUACGUUUGAUCUCAUUGAGGGACUACUACAAGAGAUGACUGGUGUCUUUCCUAAUCAAUACAUUCAUCUGGGUGGAGACGAAGUGAACACAAACUGCUGGACCAAGACGCCGUCAGUUGCGGCAUGGAUGAAAUCACAAAAUUUCACUACAGAUCAAGCCUAUAUGUACUUUAUUGAGCGUGCACAUAAGAUUGCUCACGAUGUGGGUAGAAUUCCUAUCAAUUGGGAGGAAGUGUUUAAUCAUUUUGGUACUCAGUUGGACAAGGAAUCGAUUAUCCAUGUGUGGCUCAAUCAUGCGACGGCUGCGAAGAUUGUGGCUGCUGGCUACCGUUGUAUACUGAGUAACAGUGAUGUAUGGUAUUUGGAUCAUCUGACUGUGACGUGGGAAAAAUUCUAUGACAAUGACCCAUUCCAAGGGAUUAGUGAUCCGAACCAGCAAAAAUUGAUGCUCGGCGGAGAAGUGUGUAUGUGGGGAGAGACUGUCGACCCUUCAGACAUUGACCAGACAAUUUGGCCAAGAGCUGCAGCGGCUGCAGAGCGAUUGUGGAGUCCACAGGACGUUACCGACCAUGAUCAGUUCCUUCAACGCUUGCUCGCAUUCCGCUGCUUGUUGAACAGGCGUGGCAUCAAAGCUGCACCAGCAAACAACACUCAAGCUCGUUCUGCACCUCACGGCCCAGGAAGCUGCUACAAACAGUGAGUGAGUGACACAGCAGGCCAAUGGAUCGAAAAUGUGAACAUUCAUGUUGGCAACACAUUUAUUAAUGUUUGUACUUUUGUCUCGUAUUGCUUGGUGUGAUGUUUCUAUGAUGUUAGAAGCAAUUGAAGUCUUAUUAAAUGCAGGGUGUUGGCAU